AUGCCGCUUUCCACCGCGGCAUCAUUCAAGAGUAAUCGAGUGUAAGUUUUUUUUUUCCGAAUUUUCAAAAAUUAUUCCCAAAGUAAAUUUUCUCUCAAGUUUUUUUUUUCUUUCGAAAAAUCUUUCAUGUUCACAAUAUACACACACACAAAACAUUCUAUCCUAUCCAAAACGAUCAUUUUCGGCGCAUUCCUAUAUUUUUCUCACACAACUAUCACAUUUCAUUCAUUCUACACUCAUUUUUCCAUGAAAAAAUCCAACCAAUAUAAAAUAAAAAAAGAAAUGUGGCAAGAGAAAAACAUUUCGACGAACCGGAAAUUUGAAGCCUGCCAGAGUGUGAAUAAUUUUUAUCUUCUUCUUCUGCGUUUUGUGUCCUUUUACUGGGUUGAACUUUGACACGAUGAAAAAGAAAAACAGACAUGAAGAGUUUAAAGGAAGACACUGAAAAUCGAAGCAGGUCGAUCAGUUUUUUUAGUCGGAAUCAAACUAGUACAAAACUUUUGAACUUAGGGUGCCUAUUUUAAUAAGACUCGAAAAAAAAUAUUUUUUCGAAACUGCUCAAUUUGGAAAUUCAAAAAUUUUCAAGACUAACAUACACAUUUUUUCAGGACCGCUGAAGAUGGAGAGGAAGAUUGUGAUUCAGUGCCACUUCCAAUUCAAACAUUUCUUUGGCGACAAACAAAGUAAGUCAACUCACAAGCAAAACAUAAAGAAAACAACAACAACAAAAUAAGGGUCAUAAAACUUUUAUGAGAUGAUUUUUUGCAGCCCAUUCCUUGGAGCGAAAAUCGGAAAACUACACGAGGCUUCAUGUGUUGUAAGUUUUUUCUAGAUACUUUUCAUGUUCCGAAAAUAAAUACGGAAAAAAGAGGAUUAGUACCUGCCUAAAUUGUAGUAGAAAAGCCCAAUUUGUUUUCCCACACACAAAGACUCAUCAAAUCUUUCCCUUGGGGGGCAUUUUGCAAAUCAAUGUUUUUCUGUGUUUCGUUGUUCUUUUUUAGUAGUCUGGUGAAAGGAGGAAGAAUUUAUGGGAAUUGAAGAAAAAACUGGAAAAAAACAAUGAUUUGUGUAUGGAAAUGAGAAAAAAACGGCUAUUCGAAUGGGGCCUUCUUAAAUUUUUUCAAAAAUCAAAGUCUUGCAGACAUUCGAACGUGUAGUCGUACAAAAUAUCCUCCACGGUUUAUCACCGUCUCUGAGUGAUGCACUUGCAAGUGUCUCCCGUUGGAAAUUAAUUCGAGCUGCUCUUCCACAUGUUAUUCAAUGUUGUGGAAGUCUUCUUUCCGCAACUCAAGGCGAGAAAAAACUUCCACCAUCCCUACAAAAAAUCCUUUACAUUCUACACUGGAUGUUGAUUGAUUCAGCAUCAGAAUGUGCCGAGAGUUCGAGUACAACUCAAAAAGAAGAAUUUCGAAAUCAACAGGGAUUAUUCAAUAUAUCAACUAUUCAAUUAUUUAUUUAUCUAAUUGCUCCGCUGGCGGAUAUAAUAACUGAAGAAGAAAUAACUGAUAGUAUUCGACUUGAGAGCGGACUUAAAAUAUGGCAGGCAAUAUGGCAGGUUUGUACUUUUCUCAUCUAUUUUUUUCCAAAAUAAAAAAAAUACACAAAAAAGUUUUGCAUAAAUAACAAAUUGAGUUUCGUGCUUUCUUGGAGUAUGAAAAAAAAGAAAAAUAGAAGAAGUUGUUGUUUACCUUUUGACUAAAGUAAUUUCUCGUAGAUUUUCCGACAACUUCAGCAUAAAAAACAACAACAAAAACAAAGAUUAGAAUAACUAUAGAACAAGUAAAUUUUGUUGCAGUUCCGACAACCGGAUGUGUGGUGUUUUUCGGCGCCAGUCAAACAGCGUCGCGACGAACUUCCGAUGAUCACAUUCGUCAAAAGACAAAAUCCGCAGGCGGCUGUUGGACAAACAAAUCAGGGAAUAUAUUUAGGAGAGGAUGAGAAACCUCGAAGACCUUCGAUAAUGGUGCCACCACCAAAACCACCAAGAACAGAUGCGAAUGUAUUGAAUGAUAAAAAACGAAAAGAGGAAGAGGAAAAAAGAAAACAGACUAAAGAUCAUGUUGAAAUUGAGAUUGAUUCAACUGAAAGACCUGGUGAUCUAUUGAUUGAUGUGACACCACCAACAACUUCGAAGAGUUUUGAUAGAAAUAGUUCAAUUGUUCGUAGUGUUAGUGAAUACAAAACAACUAGUUUCAUACAACAACGACCUUACAUUUCGAAAAGUCAAACAUCCGAUGCUUUUGAUAUCAGUCCAAGUACGUUUUAUCAGUAAAAAAUAAAAAAUAAAUACAUUUCAGCCUCUGAAACAUCAGCAAAAAUGAUCCAAGAAGUUGAAGAAGUUAAAUUUGUUGAUAACGAGAAUUGUUCACUUUCUGGUGUAUUUUAUUGUGCUGAUCAAGCGCCUCUUGUCAAUCUUUCUGAUAUUUGCAGUGGUUUUUCUUUUGAACCAUCAACAGAUGUUCUUCCCUCAAAGACAUGCCUUAAUUGUGGAUCUGUCUAUAAUAUUGGUAGCUGUCCAACUUGUGCAAAACACCUAUUUUUAUCCGAUGCUCCACCAGUCGUUUUAACGAGAGCAUCAACAACUGAAGAAACUGGAAGUUCGUGUAGUCAACAAACAAUGAUUCCAUCGGCUCAACCAACUGUGAUACCAAGUUUAGAAAAAUCGACUAUUUUGAAAAACAAUACACUUGAACCGAAACCGCCAAGUCUUCACAAAAGUCAGAGUUCAGAAGAAGAACAAGAAGAAUCUCAAUCAACAAAUCCAACAGUUGCAUCAUAUCUUGAUGUUGCUGUAAUUCGAGCACUUCUAAUAACUCAUUGGCACGAACAAGGUGUUCAUUGGGCUUUGAGAUAUUUGUUGAAUAGAUUGGAAGAAAUUCAAAUAUAUGUGAUGAUUCGAGAUGGACCAAGACAACGAAGUAAUUCAUUACCAGGUGGAGAGAGAAGACCAUCUGUUUUGGCUGAACAGUUUCCAAAUCCAACAUGGGAUGAUUUGAAAUUAGAUGAUAAAGAUGAUGGAAAAAGUCUCCAUGUUGCAUUUAACGAUACAGCUGGAAGAAGAAAAUCGUCAGAUAAUUGUAGAUUGGAUGCACCAAAACCAUCAUCAAGAAGAGGAAGUUUGAAUACUUUGACUAGAAAUCGCUCGAAUCCAUCACUAAAUAAUUCAAUUGAAGUAUUAUCAAUUCGAGAAGAUAUUGAUGAUAAUGUUUCAAAUGUUUCAUCAAAAUCAAUUGAAAAAGAGAAUACAAAAUUGAAUGCGGUGUAUUUUCCUGAAGCACUUGGAAGCACAAAUUUUAUCGAGAAAGAUGGAAAAAUGUCUGCAACUGUUAUAGUUCAAACUGUUAAUCAAGUUAUGGAUCGUUGUACUGGAGUUCGUCAAUGUGAAUUAGCAUUGAAUAUUGCCGAUGUUCUUCUUCGAACACCUCUUGAACAAACAGAAACAUUUUUUGUGCAAUUGAAUAUUAUGGUAUUCAAGUAAGUGUUUUUCUUUGAGUAAUUGAAAAAUGAUUGAUUUUUUUCAGAAUCUACCUAUGCUUAGGAUGUCCACAUGGAUGCAACGAAGGUGUAAAAAGUCAACACGGUGACUUUCUCCGCGCUAAAGCAAAAUCAAUUCUCGCUCACUUGGAAAGAGUUCAACCCGAAAAGUUCAAGACGAUUCUGAAUGACUAUGUAGAAACAUACGGAACUCAACAAGUUAUCGAUCUUCUUCAUUCAAUAACCGCAUUCUGUAGAUCAGAAAUAUCACAAUCUGAAAAUCGAAGGUGUUCGGAAAGUCGACUUCCGAGUUAUCGAAAUCGAUUCAAUGAAAAGGAAAAAGGAAUAGAAGGAAGUAUCAUAAAUGCAACAUACAAAACACUAAUAUCCAAAAUUUCAAUGAUGACAGCUGAAUUGACACUUCCAGAAAAUAUGGUAACCAUUUUCAAAAAAAUUAUUUAACAUCAAGAAAUGAUUAUUUCAGAGUCUUCAACAAGAUGUUCGAAUGUUGGUCAAUUUUGUUCAAGAACAUCAUGGAAAUCCAUUCAGACGAGUUGGAUUGUCAGCAUUGAUUGAUGCAAUAAGUAAACCAGUUGUCGAGUUAGUUUCUUUUUCUACUUUUUUCUUCAAAACUUCUAUCAAGUGUGUGUGAUUUUCUAUUCGGUAGCUUCUAGCUAUUUCUUGUAAAACUUUAUAGUAUUUCAUCUUCUCCUAUUUCUUCUACACCUAUCGCUUCUUCUUCUUCUUCGUCAUACAAAAUCAAAAAACCAGCAGUGAGAUCACAAUCAUCAAAAAAUCCCAAAAGAGUACGAUUGAGGAUUCCUCAUAUUGCUUCAUUCAAUGAGUAAACACAAAUGCAACUUUUUUUUUCCACGCAACUAUCAACUUUUCUGUUCGCAUGAUUUCAGUUCCAAUACCCCAACCUCAAAAAAAAUUCCAUCGGAAAACUUUCAUUUUUCAGAGAACCUCGAAAAGACGAAAGCAAAAUCAGUCCAAAAUCUGGAAGUGGAACAGAUCAAGCAUCAUUGAGACGUGGAUUAUUCAAGAAAAAGGAUAGAAGUGGCGGAACAACAAAUGAUGAAUCAGAAGGUGAUAGUUCACCAUCAACACCAAGAACAGUUUCAUCAAUGGAUGGAGAUGGAGUGUCAAACAGUGCAUAUAACAAGAAAAGAAGUGCACCAAAAUUACAUUUCGCUUUCAAUAUUUUGAAAAAUGUUCGGCCUGAUAAUAUGGAUGAAGAAAAUUCAGACAGUGAGUUCAACGAGGAAGGUCAAGAUGAACCAAGUACAUCAGCUAAAAAACAAGUAUCCAAAAAAUCUCCAAGAACGAGGCUUCCAGUUGACUGUGAGUUGCUAGAACAAUUUUUGUUUUAAAAAUAAAUCCAACUAUUUUUUUCAGCAAAAGGCGGUAUUCGACUUUGGGGUGCCUAUAUUCCUCCACCAAUGUUUGUAGAUAUCAAGAAAAUCUUUGAUGGUGCAAAACGAUUUGCAUUUCUUUUGGAAACUGCUAAACCUGGAACAUUUCCUGAUGCUCCUUUAAUCGCUGCUCUUUUACAUUUGAAAUCUCCGGUUUUAGCGAGAGCUGCACUCUUAUUAGAAUGUUGUAAUUUUGUAUCUCGAUGCAAUCGCGGUCAAUGGCCAGAAUGGAUUCGAUCAUCACAUCAUCGAACAUUUAGUUUAGGAGGACCAUUAGCUAAUCGAGGAACACCAUCAGCAACUCGACGAAUGCACAGUCUACAAAGAAUGGCUGGCAGGUUCUUCUAUCAAUGGGCUGUUCAAAUAGGUGAACAAUUGGCGAAAAUGAUUGAACAAAGCGAGAAGAAAACUAGAAAAACAAUUUUAAUGGAAGAUACAAUGGAAGACUUUUUUGAUGAUGGAUUAGUUAAUGAUUCAUCUGGUGAAAAAUGCCCAAUCGCAGUUCAAUUUAUUGCUAUUAUGUUACUUCAAGAAAUCACAGCGUUUCUUCGAGAAACGUUCAAAACUAUUCCACGAUCAAAAAAUUCAAAACCACCAAUGGGGAAUUCUGGUUGGGAUAAAUUAUUAUCACAUCGAAGAUGGAGUAUACUUUCGAAUACUUUCAACGCACAACAAACAGGAUCAGUCAAUAGUAUUACUGAUAUUAAUUCAUCAAUUCAUCGUGAGUUAUUUUCCAGAGUAAACUUUCUCAAAUGAAAAACUGAAACUAUUUUUGAAAUAUUUCAGUAAAUGACAAAGAAAGAAGGAUAAGUUUAUCGGCAGCCGAAGAAGAUUCGCCACGUGGUUCAAAAGAUGCAAUUGAUGAAAUAAAUGCUGUGGACAAAAAAGGUAUUCUAAUUUUCUUAUUAACAUUUUUCAAAUAACCUUGGUCCAGUCUGCCAUGUCCCUUAUCUGCUUUUUUACAACAUAAUAUAUAUCUCAAAGUUUAGAAAAGUAACGUAACCCAGCCCAGUCCAUUCCAUUCCAGCUUCAGGUGCAACUCCCUCACUUCCAUCUCCUUUGCCUCCAUCUGGUGCUGCAGCUCGUGCGCCUUCUCUUUCCGCCCGAUUAUUUUCACGUCAAUCGACGCAUGAUGAAUCGGGCGGUUCGGCGCACGGUUCAACAAAAUCGACAACAUACGUCCCUGAUCCAGGUCUAGAUUCAUAUGUAUAUGUAAUAAUCACACUAUCUCACACUUCUGCACGUCAAUCUUAUAUGUUCUUUCUCUCUUUCUAUAUUAUUUUCUAUGUUUGUUUGUGUGUUAAUGUGACUGACUUCUAUAUGAGUUCUAAUUUUCCCCUAUCCAAAUACGUGUUUAGCAUCACGUCAUAGCACACAUUUCAGUUUUCUUACACAUACAAACACAAGCACUUCGAAGUGUUGAUAUUUUUUCGAAAAAAUUUGAAAUAUUUUCAGGUCGUCGAAUUGCAACUGGUCGACAACGUUUACUAAAACGUGGAACACCAAUGGCACCCGGAAGUCAACCAUCUCUUGAAUCAAGUCACAAACGAAAAUCGAUUAGGAAUCGUAAACCUUCGAAACAAAAUCAUGAAGCACAGCAAACAACAGAAGAUGAAAAAUCAGAUGGAAGUGAGUUUCUUUUUUAAAUCUCUCAGAUCUUCCGGUCAGCUGCCUAGAUCCUUCGAAUAUUUAAAUAAAAAUAAAUUUCGCGUGUAAAGGUACUAGCCUGGCAUCGCUGUCACCAAUUAUUCAACGAGUUCGCGCACAAAGUAUGCGCUCAUCAAAUUUGCUCGUUAUGUUUCAACAUGCUAUUCCGGAAAUUGGGACGUUCCUUGAAGAGGGUAAAACCUUAACCCAAAGUGUACCGUUAACCCUAAUAAUCCCCCUUAUUUUAUUACCAUUAUAAUUGUGAUAACUCAAUCCUAAUAUAAACCUACUGAUAUUAAAAAAAAGAAUGAAAUGCAAAUGAUAUGUUUUCAGCUGGAUCAACAAUUCCCCAUCCACAACAAUUAGCUGCUCGAGAAUCAUUGAAACCAACAGAUGAUGGAUUACAAAGUCCUGUGGAACCUAUUCAUCCAGUCGUAGUUCCACAAUCAAAUCCGGGAAGUUCACAUAGUCAACAGCAACAUACUGGAAUGAUGACAAAAGUAUCGAUGGACGACGAAGAACAACAAAUGUUGACAAAUCUACCGUGGAUAAAAGUUCUGAUAAAAUUUACCAAUUCUCUUGAUCUAAACUGUCAACAUGAUGGAUUUUGUACUCAAAGAUGUUUUCAACGUGUACAUCGACAAUGUUAUCGACUUAUCGAAGGAUUAUCGACACUUUAUGGUUCACCGAAAAAUGGAAAAACAAGAGUUGAUCGAAGAAAGAUGUUAGCCGAAAAUUGGCAAUCAAAACAACAAGCAUUGCGUCGAGUAAGUGUAUAUUUAAAGUCUUGGCUAUGAAAAUCUUUAGCAAACCGAGUCAAAACCAUCUGUUCCGGUAAGUCUCACAAUAUCAUACAUAUUACCUAGAAAUGUCACUUAUUGUAAAAAUGUUUCCUGAUCCUAUAACAUCCACUUCUAAUAUAUACAUAUCGUAUUUGAUCACGAGUGCUUUUGAAAAUAGUAUGCAGACUAUUGAUUUGAAAUCUUGACUUUUUCAGAGUAUUCAUACCCGACAAUCUGCUGCAGUUCCACGACGAGAAAGUGCAAUGGUUGGACAACCAGAAUUUGCGAGCAAAGCAAUAAAAGCUCUUCUUAUGGAAAAAAUGAUGCAGGAAAAAGAAAAGGAAAAAGAAAAAGAGAAGGAAGAGAAGGAUGCACUCAAAAAACAAUCAGUGGAAGCGGAUAGACAUUCAGAAGAUACAGAAGAAGAUGAACAAAUCCCAGAGAAAAACAAACAAAUGUUACAGUAUCUACGAUCUUUAGUUCUAAAAUUGGUGCACACUCCGAUGUCAGCGGUUUUGAAAUCGUGCCUUUUAUUGAAUAUUGAACAACAUAAACAGAUGAUCGAAAUUUCAUGGAAAUUAUUGAUUCAUGAAGAUCCACACGUUGUUGCAAGUGCCGCUUCGAUGUUUAUUGUUGCAAGUGUUCGAAGAUCCGAAGAUGCAUUGAGUAUCAUGAAAGCUGCUUUCGAAUCAGAAAUUGCAACAGUUCGAACAAGUGCAAUUCAAAGAUUCUACACACUUUGGAGAAAUCGUUUUCAUGCUUGGUUGAAAAUGGAAGACGGUGCACAAACAUCAUUCAAAGUUCCACCACCUGGAAUCGAUUUCACACUACCUUCCCCAGCUAUCGGUCAAAGUCAACUUCCAGUCGUUGAUCCACCAUGGAUGCCUCAUCUCAAAACAAAAAUUGAGGAAUUAUCAUUGAAAGAAGAAGAACAAGCAACAUCUCAAACAAUUAUGACAAUGACAAGAACAAGAAGAAAACAAAAACAAGAAAUGGUGAAAAGAGCAGUUCGAGAAGCUGAAGAACGACAAUGUGAACAGAGACAGCUAUUCAGGCUUCGAAGUUCUGCUAUUGUUUCAUUAGCUGCUUAUGAACCGGCUCUUUUCCAUCAUCAACAAGAGAACAGCGAAGGUAAUUUUUUUUAAAUUCUCACAAUCAGGCAGAAAAAAAUUAAUCUUGAUUAUUUGCAGAAUCUGAAACAAGUCAUCAACAUACUCGUCAUAUGAUGCCAGUUGCUCAACCAUUAUUCCCAUCUUCACUACUUUCUGUAGUUCCAAUGAUAAUUGAAAUGCUCGAUGAUCCACAAGUUGAUAAAAAUGGUGUAUCAGUUGGUGACACUGCUAAGAAAGUUAUCUGGACAUGUAUUGUUGAAGAUCCAUCUUUAUUUCUUCGCCACUUUUUAGAAAAACUGACAAAUCGAGAUAGACAAGUUUUGAUAAAUGAGUUUUCGCCAACUCCAGCUUAUGUGAGUUUGAAAACAAAACUAUACCGAAAAAUCGAAAAAUUAUUUGCAGGAACAACUGAUGUCUCAACUUCGUAAAUUAGUUCUGCGAUUCCAUCCUCUUCCGAGUCAAGCAGCACAUUCUCUAUUAAACUAUUUAUUUGGAUUCGUAAUGCAUUAUGUUCGAGCACAAUGUGAAGGAUCAGAAAAAGCAAUUGGUAUGGCUUUAUCAAUCUGCUGGUUGCUUUCUCCAAAUAUUCAUGGGCUUUAUUUCAAAGACCUCAAACAGACCUUGAAAAAAGAACAAUGUGAUCAAGCUUUAAUGAUAACAGCAAAUGUUCCAUCGGCUAAGAAAAUCAUUGUUCAUGGUCUUGAUAGCAGUGCUGGUGGAAUUCCAAGUCAAUUUCCAGUUCAUGAAGAUACACAAUUCCAACAAAUUCUCAGUGAUUCUCUUGAAUUUUUCAACAUCGAAGAAGACGAAGUCAACAACUAUUUUCUUACUGAUACAAAAACCGGCGUGAUUCAUUUGCCUUCAGCUUUUGUUCGAGAUUUCUACUUUUUCCAUCGAUCAUUUUAUCCACAAUUAACUUUGGUCAAAAUUCCUGCCGAGCAAGCAUAUAAAAAGAUGCGCGAGACAACUUUCAAUCAGCGUUUCAUCGAAGUAGGAAAAGUUCUGCUGACUCACAACAUUCUCAAAUACAGUCCUCAACAUGUGGUGAGAACAAUUUCACUAAAUUCUUUUUAAAAAUUAUUUCCUAGUAUUUUUAGAUUGCCCAACGUGUAUUUUUCUUACAUGACGAGUUCACACAUCUUCCAUCAUUUCCAAGAAAAAGUUUGGAAACGUGUUUUGGAAUGUAUUAUGGACCACUUGGUGAUCAACUCAAAGCAAUGGAAUCAAUGCAUAAAUUCGUUUGGGCCAAAUUAAUGUCAGAUAUGUUUGAGAAAAUGGAAAAUGCGUUUAUGUUUGCGGAUUUGCAUCUUUUCAUAAAUGUUAUCAAUGGAAUUAUGAUAAUGCAUUGUGAAGAUGUUUUAAUUCUUCGAAGAUGUGCAGCUACUUACAUCUCAAUUUCGAUUCAUUUCAACACAUUAUUUGCAAGUCAAGGCUUUUUUCUAAUAAUGCCUACAUUGCUUCGAUGUUAUAGUCAACGACAAACAAAUCGAAUUUUCUGUCAAGUCAUCGAAUUUAUUUGUCGUCAAUUUUAUACUUUACAUCGAAAACCAUUUUUAUUACAAAUGUGUGGAGCAAUUGCAAAUAUAAUUGAUAACAACAGUAAUGAUUUCGAGAUUAAUCCAAUGAGAGUAAAAGCAAAAUAUUGGUUCAAUCUUAUAAAGAAAAUGGAAGAUAUGACUGAUGAAGAUCCAUUAGAUAUUCUUGGUUUGGUGCCAUACGAUAAACCACUAAAAGCACUUGAUCUUUGUUAUCGAGAUGAUCCAAACACUUUUUGUGUUUUGACAGAUGCAAUGGCAAGUUGCAUUUGUGUUUGUGCAUUUGCUCCAGAAAGUAAACGAAGUCAUCAUAUGCUGGUUAGUUCACUAAAAACGGAUAAGAAUACCCAUGUUCAUUUUUUCAGCUUAUUAUGCACGCAAUGUUACCUCAUAUGAUGCGCCGACUUGAAGAAGACACCCAUGUCGCUGGAAAUUCCCCAGCCUCUGUGAAACACGAGAUUUCACAAUGGAUAACAAUGGCAGUUGAAAUGAAAGCUUUGAUCAACAGUUGUGAAAGUUUGGCGCGUGGUCCACAAAGAGCUUUCGAUUUGGUGAAUACGGUAGCCGAAAGAGGGAAAAGUUUUGUUGCGGAUUCACCACAAUUUUUCGAUCCACCAACUACUAAUGAUGAUGAGAAUACAAGACCGUAUCAUGUGUAAGUUUUUUUUUCAAAUAGAAUUUGGUAUCUCAAUAACUGUUUGCUUUCAGAAAAGAAAAGAGAAGUGUAGCUGUUGGUUGGGAAGCUGCUGAAGUAGAAGAACAACAAAAAGAAGCCUACAGAAGACCAAGAGAUAUUCUCUUACAAUUAGCUGCUGUAUACAUCGAAACAUCAUCAGUUCGUUUAAAAGAACUAACAAAACUUGGAGCAAAUUUGGAACAUGCAAAAAUACCAGAUGUUCUUGAUCAUAAAUGUUAUGUCAAACUGGGCGAAGUGGCACUUGCAUUACUCAAAAUUGCACCAUAUGAUUUAACAACAAUGACAUGUGUUGGACUACAAAAAUAUUUCCAAGCAAUUCUUCCUGUCACAGAUUGGUCAAUCGAAUCAAAUCGAAGUGCUCUAAAUAUAAUUUUGCGAAGACUUGACAAAACUCUUGCAAAAAUCGCGAAACGUCAAAGUUUCCGGCGAAGAGUGAAUUGGACUGCACUAUCAUCUUGGAUAAGUGGUAUUUGUGAUACUUUGAAUGCUUUUCCAUAUAUUGCUCAUCUUCAUCCAUUGAAAACAAUCACUCAACUUUGUCUUCGUAUAAUGGUUGGAGAUCCAUGUUUAGAUGAUGGUGCUUCAUCAACAGCACUUCAUCCAUCAACAGUUCUUCAUCCAACAACUCCACCGCAAGUUUUCGCAAACUGCGUUUUGCGACUAACGACAAUUUUGAUGCAAGCUUUAGGACAGGUUAGUGAGAAUAUCAGAACAAAUAAUAAUUUCAACAAUUUCAGUUUGCAUUUUCCUUGGACUUUGUUACAUCAACCGAAGGAAUGGGAGUAUCAUCUGAACGUCUUGAAGCAGUUCUAUGUCAUGUUCUUAUCCCAUUGUUUUUACGAGUUCACAAUCAUCCAAAAGAACAAUCAAUUUUCCAAGCAAAAGAUCUUGCACAAUGUCUUUCAAUUAUGCAAAAUGCAAUAUCUCCGCCAUUGGUAAAACAAAGUGCUCCACCAUUAAUUAGUACAUCAACAUUGACAACAAGUUUUAUUCGUGGUGCACAAGAUGUAACCGGAAGACAAGGAAGUGUAUCAGUAACUGAUCGAGGACAUUCAGCAACUGUUUCAACACAUCGGAUUGUUCGAGAAAGUGUUUGUCAAUCAAUUUAUUUAGCACUCAAAGUUUUGAUGUUAACCUUUGGAAAAUUGUUGACAACAAUGUGGCCAAGGGUAUCGAGAAUAGUCAAAGAUUUACUUGCAAAGAAACCAGGAGCAGCAAGUGCAGUUGCAUUUGUCGAUUUCUUACUCAAUUCAAAUCUACCAAUUGCUCUUUUUAUUCUUCCACAAAUUCAAAACAAGAUGAAACAAAAACCAGGAAAUGAACAAGAAGCUGCAUGGCAAGCUGAAAUACUUGAAAAAAUGGAGGCAAACUCACAUAUUAUUGUGCCAAUUCCAGUUUUAAUUAUGAAAACACAUCAAGAAUUACAACAACUAAAAGAGGAAUUAUCAACAAAGGCAAUGGAAAUGACAAGAAGUUAUACACCAACAAUGGCAGAUCCACAUUCAGAUUCUUCUGCUGCUUCAACUGCUCCACGUGGUGCAGCUUCUCGUCAAUCAAUUGAUCGUCGUGCAAGUAUUCAUACAAAGAAACAUUUACCAACAAUGAAAGAGGACAAUGUUAUUCCAGAAGAUGUUGAAGAUGAAACAGUAACCGCUGAAUCACCAAUAAACAGUCGAGUUAUCAAAAGUCCAAGUGUUCCAUUCAAUAAAUUGCCACAUUCCUCUUCUCGAACUCGUUCGGUUAGCGGUUUUGGAAUGUGGCGAAGUGUUCGACGAAAAUCGAAACAUCAAAAUUCACAAGAUGAAUCAUCUGAUGAAAGAGGAUCAAUGGAACUACACGAUUUAUCAUCAUCUAGAAUAACAGAGAUUCAGAAAACUCCAAAUCGAAGAUCGACAGAAGCAUUGGUUUUACCUCUUCAUGAGAGUAUUGAUACAAAUCGUCAUAGAUGUGAGUUACUUUUUGAAAAUUUAGAUAAUUGAAAAAUCAAACUCUCGUUAAUUACAACUAGUUAACUUUUGUUUUUUUUUUUGAAACUUUAGUUCCUCUUUUAAAACAAGCUAAUCAGUAAGAACGAGUUUCCCAAAAAUGGCUUCUUCAGACUAGUUUAGUUUCUAUCCAAAGUUCCCUUCAAAUAAUAUAUGUAUGUCUUGGCAUGUUUUUAUAAUUUCCCAAAGAAUCCCUUCAUUCCCCUCCCCCCAGACUUCAACCCCAACCCAAAAACCUGACCUGAUCCAAAUCCAACUCCAAUCAUUUUCCAGUUGUUUCAUUCUCCACACCAAAAAAAUCCAUCAACGGCGACAACAACAGCGACGACGUUUUUCAAAUAACCGAACAGCAUCAAUUAGUAUAA